GCAACACUUAUGUUUGGAGAUAUUAUCCCCCAAGGAUAAUUGCUAGAUGCCUCCACUGCCCCCCAGCUUUCGAUGAGGCACGAUUUCUGAAUGGUUCGAGUCCUAGUCAGCCAUCUUGCACUGGGCAAAAUUGGUCUGUGUAUUGAUCCAAGGGUACAGGUAGAAGGUUCAAGAAGGCUGUCUGCCCUGGCAGUGACUCUCAGCCAGCUUGAAAGGCACUUUCUCGGCGGACGAAGGGAUAGCAAUUAUUCUUGGGUGGGGGGGGAUAGUAACAGAUGCGAUUCAAGCGCAGCCGAGACAUGCGAGAUAAACGAGACGAUGAUGUAUCUGGCGAGUCUGGCCUCCAUGUGACUUCCGACCAGUAAUCGAGCAAGGUCAGCCCUGAAUGCUUGGUGAAGUUGAGUAAACACCAACCCUGCGGCCAUCGGCGAUAUAUCCGGAGUCUGGCGUGUGGGGAGGAGCGGGACGAACUAGAUAUUGAAGGUCUUAAUAGGUUGAGCUCCGGGAUUUGGCUUGAAAGUUGAAGCAAGAGUGCGCCUGGGGCAAUCCGGGGCUGAAGAACAUGG